AUGGCGAUCAAGGGAUCCGGUGCCGUUUUAAUGGAGCCGUUGUCCAGCGGCCGCUGUCCCAUGACCGGCGUGGGGCCCUCCAUGAACUACCUCUACCCCUCCCGCGCGAACAACACACUUCAGCUCCCGCCUGUCCCCCAAUGUCACGCACCGAACAGCGGUGCGUGGCAGGGUGGACCCAUGCCUGCAUCUCCGAUGAACACCCAAGUCGUUCUCUCCGGCUCCCCGCGGCCCGGCUCGAGCUUCAGCUCGCCCGCGAGGAUGAUGCGUGGAGGCGGCGGAAAAGCGGAGUUUAUCGGCUCACCGAUGCUGCCGACCCACCCGAUGCCCCCACACCCGCCGCAGACCCUGAACUUCCCCAUUCGCAGUCCCCGUCAGAUGCUACCGGGCGCACCGACGCGCUCCCUCGUCGGACCCCCACCGGGCGUCCCGCAUGAGCAGCACCGCACCCACAACGGCUUCACGCACACGUACGUGCCACCGGUGGAUGUGUCGAGCAUGGACACGAGUACGAGUAGCGCGCCGGUAGCGGGGCCUCGCAAAGCCGGUGCACAGCGGCCUUUUAUUGCGCCGCUUUCACAGCAGCCACCACCGGGGCGGCGAAGUUUGCACGUGAGGUCGGUGGCGCGGGGGCCGCAGCCGACCUCGACCGAUCCGACGCGCCUGCGGGAUGGGCGCAAAAUCAAGGAUGUGCAGCGUCAGCAGCAGCAGCAGCAGCAGCAGGGGCAGGGCAGCCCGGUAGGAGGGCCCCACCGCUUCACCGGACCCGGCAAAAAUGGCUUAGCGGCCAAGCAAAAUAAUAACACGAAUCGCAAUAAUAACAACCAUAGCGAGCCGAAGCCGAUCAAGACGACGGUGGACAACGAUGAAUCGUGGGUAAAAGGGCUGACAAACUCGAUCUGGAUCGACUCCCCGCGCGGUAACUUGAAUGACUUAGACGCAAAGGAAGGGUCGUACAAGCGACAGGGAGGCCAUGCAAACCGCCGCCGCAGGCAGCAGAAAUCAGAUUCGACCAGUAGCUCCACCUCUGGUGGUGUUAUGGAGAUGCUGCGCAGUCUUUUCCGGUGA